ACGAUUCUUGAGUGAGUGAAAGACAUUUAGCACGACUGGAUCUCAGGUUAACUGCGUCCGAUCCAUCCGAUGACCAGAUGAGUUUUGACACCAUUUCUCUCACUUCGAUUUUGCCGUAAACUGGUGGAAGGGGGCGCGCUCAAGGGGAUGGAGCGCGGAGCCCCGGGAUCAAGUUACAGUCCCAGACUUUUCAAGGCGAGAUUUUUUUUCUCUCCAUCAGAAAAGUGGGGGAUGGUCUGUGCACUCUCUGUUUGGUUUCUUUAAACUUUUAUUUUACAGAGUUUAAUUGUGCGUUGGACGUUUUUUUUACCAACUUUUCGCAGAACUUUUGCGCCCAGCUUUUGUACGAUGAAGAGCUUUUCAAUAGUGUGUAGGCCAGAAAAGAGGCAUACAAACUUUGGAAUCGGACGAAAAGACAUUUCUUUUGAUGGAAAAAAUGUUCCGUCAAGAAUCUAGGAAAUAUCCGCACUUUGGCUGUAUACAUUUUUAUUUGAAACCUUUGCGCGCAUAAAACACGAAUGAAGAAAAUGUAUUUUGAAACGUUUGAUGAAACAUCGUUACAUUGUCGCGUCCCCAAGAUGUCCUCCAAGCGCUUAUGCUCCAUUGUUGGAUGUUUUUGGAUGCUUUGGAUCUGUGUAGCCACCUCCACGGUCGUUCAGGCGGUCAUUUUACGCACAAAUGAAACUGUAUUCAACGACUUUUGUAAGAAAACCUCAUCUUGCGAAGUGCUGAAAUACAAUACGUGUUUGGGGUCACCUUUGCCUUAUACGCACACGUCUCUGAUUCUGGCUGAAGAUUCAGAAACUCAGGAAGAGGCAUUUGAGAAACUGGCCAUGUGGUCUGGGCUGAGAAAUGCACCUCGCUGUUGGGCCGUCAUUCAGCCAUUGCUGUGUGCGGUUUACAUGCCUAAGUGUGUGAAUGGAAAGGUGGAACUACCCAGCCAACACCUGUGCCAAGCUACACGCACACCUUGUAGUAUUGUUGAGCAGGAGAGGGGCUGGCCAAGCUUCCUCAAGUGUGAAAAUAAGGAAAACUUCCCUGAAGGUUGCCAGAAUGAGGUCCAGAAGAUCAAUUUCAAUACAUCAGGACAUUGUGAGGCUCCUUUGGUCAAAACUGAUAUCCAGGCAAGCUGGUACAAGGAUGUGGAGGGCUGUGGGAUACAGUGCAAUAAUCCCUUGUUUACAGAGGACGAGCACUCUGACAUGCACAGCUACAUCGCCAUCUUUGGCUCCCUUACUCUCCUUUGUACCUUCUUCACACUGGCCACAUUUCUUGCCGACUGGAAGAAUUCCAACCGUUACCCUGCUGUCAUCCUGUUUUAUGUUAAUGCAUGUUUCUUUAUCGGAAGUAUUGGAUGGCUCGCUCAGUUCAUGGAUGGAGCCCGCAAGGAGAUCGUGUGCAAAAGCGACAACACCAUGCGGCUUGGAGAGCCAUCGUCCACUGAGACACUAUCAUGUGUGAUUAUCUUCGUCAUUGUGUAUUACUCUCUUAUGUCUGGGGUCAUUUGGUUUGUUAUGCUCACCUAUGCCUGGCACACAUCAUUCAAAGCCUUGGGCACCACUCACCAGCCUCUGUGGGGAAAAACCUCUUAUUUCCACCUGGUCACGUGGUCUAUUCCUUUCGUACUGACAGUUGCCAUACUGGCCAUUGCGGAGGUGGAUGGCGAUUCUGUUAGUGGCAUUUGCUUUGUCGGCUAUAAGAACUACAGAUAUCGUGCUGGGUUUGUUCUGGCUCCCAUCGGGGUGGUUCUUGUUGUUGGCGGCUAUUUCCUGAUAAGAGGGGUUAUGACAUUGUUUUCCAUUAAGAGUAACCACCCGGGCCUGCUUAGUGAAAAAGCUGCUAGUAAAAUCAAUGAGACCAUGCUAAGGCUUGGUAUAUUUGGAUUCUUGGCCUUUGGUUUUGUUUUAAUUACAUUUGGCUGCCAUUUCUAUGACUUUUUCAAUCAAGCCGAGUGGGAGAAAAGCUUCAGGGAAUAUGUACUAUGUGAAGCUAAUGUCACCAUAGCUCACCAGACCAAGAAGCCCAUUCCAGAGUGUGUCAUCAAGAACAGGCCCAGUCUGCUGGUGGAGAAGAUCAACCUCUUCUCAAUGUUCGGCACAGGCAUUGCAAUGAGCACAUGGGUUUGGACAAAGGCCACUAUACUUAUAUGGAAACGCACCUGGUGCCGAAUCAUUGGACGUAGUGAUGAUGAGCCAAAACGCAUCAAGAAGAGUAAAAUGAUCGCCAAGGCAUUCUCAAAGAGAAAAGAACUGCAGAAGGAUCCAGAGAAAGAGCUGUCCUUCAGCAUGCACACUGUCUCUCACGAGGGACCUGUUGCUGGUAUCAACUUUGACCUGAAUGAGCCAUCCAUGGAAAUGUCAUCUACAUGGGCUCAACAUGUGACUAAGAUGGUGGCUAGAAGAGGGGCAAUCUUACCGCAAGACGUCUCAGUAACACCCACUGGAACAUCUGUUCCGACACCAGAAGAGAGAAAUAUGCUCUGGAUGGUUGAUGCUGAAAUUUCUCCUGAAAUGGUGAAAAGAAAGAAGAAGAAGAAAAAGAGAAAGAAGGAGGCGCAUCCUACAACGGAUAAAGGGUAUCCUUCCUACCCUUGUAGAGAGUUUGGCGCCAGUGCGGUGCCACGCCUCCCAAAGCUGCCCGGUCACCGGAGUCUGGUGGCUAACCAGGAAGAACAGGAAAUACUUCCUGGGGCCUAUCCAGAAUUUAGGACUUCUUGUCCGCUUCCCUACCAGGAGAGGAGGUACGAUGGGCUGGGAUACCUUCCCUCCAAAUCACACAACAAACCAUCUAGCCUUCCGCUUGCCAAUCCCUUGAUGCUAAGGGACAGCAUGCAAGACGACUCGAGUCGCUUCCAACAGUCAUCAUGGCAACCUAAUAGGGUUUUCCGGCAGUUUGGCCUGGAGCCUUGUGUAAUGGAUGCUGGUAGGACUGCGAUUCUGCCACGAGCGGAUGGCAGGAUGGGUGUACCAAUACACUCCAGAACCAAUCUUAUGGAGGCUGAGCUAAUGGACACAGACUCUUGAUUUUUAAGAGUUGUUGGUGCUCAAUUUGCAAAAGCGAAAAUCUUCCUUGUUGGAUUAUUUUGCUUUGCUGACUCCAAUUUUCUUAAAGGAUAUUGCAGUUAUUUGAUUUGACUUAAGAUGUCAGACAUUUAUGUGUUCAAAAAUUGGCAGCUUGGGGCUUUCAUGCCAUAUAUGAUUCUGCAUUGUUCCGUGGUGCCAAUUUCUUCUGUUUACUAGCUGGGCUACUAUGACAUCAUUUUGUCAACUUGUAUUAAACACGUUAGUCUGUCAUGGGGCUAGACAAUUUCUGAUCUUGCCUUAAACGUGAAGCGUGUACUGUCUGCGGCACUACAGUCACCAAAUGGAUUUACGAAACUAAUGACUGUUUCCCCAUUACUCUUUCCAUCUGCCAUUGGUUAAAACAUGUCGUCCCACCUCAAACUCAUGCCAUUGGUUGAGUCAAUGUUGCUGUGUCGUUCUGGUCAGGAUGCGCAAACCAACAGCAAUGUUUUGAAAGCACUAUAGAGCCACACUUUUCAGGGAAAAUCAACCUAUGAUAUGGCUUAUUUAAAGUCUCUGCAUAUUAGCUGGGAUAGGAGAAAGUAUUAAAAAAACAAAUACACAUGUCCCCAUAGUGAAAAAGCAAUGUGUAUCAUCUGUUGUUUGGAUGAUGGUUUGGAGAAAAAUCAUCUGUAGAAUAACUUGUUUUAAUCCCACUAUAACAGAUCAUAUCUUUACUGGCCACACUUCUUUAGACCUAAAGAAAAGUAACUGACAGAAGCGGUGGUACUUUGGAAAAAAGAGAAUUUAUUCAUAGCUAUUAUUGUUAUUUUAAUUUAAAUUGCCUGGUGCAAUCACAAACAAGUCCACCUCUUUCAUUCAAAGAAUAAGGGAUUGUAAAGAGCAUGUUCUCAUUCAUUUAAAAGAAGAUAUAGGUGGAAAUGCCAAUGGUUACAAAAAGAUUUCCAUUGCCAGUAAUGUCUGUACAGUGCUUUGAAUUUUUUUAAAAUAUUUGUACAUUAGAUUGUUUUUCCACCGGUCAUUUUUAUGUUGUCAUAAUGUACAUAUUUUUGAUAUCAUAGUUUUGUUUCUUAUACCCUUUCGAGUGAUGUUUGGUUUUUACAAGCUUUGUGUCAUGCACAUAUGGAGAUUUCAUAGGUUUUUGUUUCUUGUUGUGCAUUUUUGAGAUGAUUCAGUUCUU